AUGAACCUGUCCAUGUACAAAUCACACCGUCUCCUUGAUAUCCUAGUGGACAGGAACCGCAGACCCUCGAACCGAGAGUGUUGUAGCACGAUACCCUCGGGCUCAAGCUGCAACCGCCGUUGGGCUGUGUUAGACAUUCAUCAAUGUCGCGGCAAACGAAUCCAUCUCCUUCGUAACCCGGAGGACAAUGAAAAUGAAGAAUGUGUGUGGGACAUUAGAGCUGAAAUAGGUUAUAGAGUAUCGUUGUCAUUUAUAAACCGUUUUGUUGUCGAAGAUACAGAUAACUGCACCAAGGAUGUUGUCAUUAUUUACGAUUGGAAAAAUGAAACAUAUAGUGAACUUGCAAGAGUAUGUGGACGUAAAAUUCCUCCAGUAUAUAAUUCAUCUUUAAACAGAAUAAAAGUUGUUUUCCGUUCAGAUGCUACUGUAAACCUUGAUGGAUUCUCCGCUCAGUGGUCUCCAAUUUGCGGCGGAACUUAUGAAGCCACCGAAGAUGAACAAGUUCUAUAUAGUCCGGGUUAUUCUGACGGAUAUAGACCAUCUUUAGACUGUAAUUAUGAAAUUGUCUCUUCAAAUAGCAAAUUAUGGGUGAAGUUUGUUGACUUUGAUCUUGAAGGUACUUACCCUGAUUGUCGUUAUGAUAAUGUGACCAUACGUGCACAGAGUGAUUAUAAUUAUUUAAUUGAGACUUAUUGUGGAAGGAAUAUGCCACCACUCUUAGAAAAUUAUGACGAAGUGACCAUACAUUUUCGAACGGAUAGAAUUGGUCAAAGAAAAGGGUUUAAACUCAUCUAUUCAAUUUACACUUGUGGAGGAAUAAUAACGAAACCCACAACGAUAAAAUCUGGUUUAUUAGACACUUAUUAUGAUCUUAUGAAUUGUACGUGGAUGAUUGAGGCUCCGACUGAUAAGGUGGUCGUAGUAAAAUUCAUAUAUAUUGACUUGGAAAAUCAUGAAAAUUGUGCUAAUGAUUAUAUUUCAGUGUUUGACGGUCCAAAAAUAGAUAAUAACAAGCAGCUUGCCUUGUUAUGUGGUCAUAUUAAUUCAACUACAGUAAUACAGAGCAAAAACAGACAAGCGGUUGUCCAAUUCAUAUCAGAUGCUUACAUCAGUUAUAAAGGCUUCCAAGCACAAAUAAUUUUUAGUUAUUCUGAAAAUGUCGGCUGUGGAGGAUCUGUAACAUUAGUUCCUAAUUCUCAAUUUACAUUAAAAUCUCCGUUUAUAGGAAGAUCUGUUGUGUAUGAAAAUUAUUUAGAUUGUCACUGGUCAAUAAGAGCACCGAAAGAUUAUGUGAUAAAAGCCAGCUUUACUUCGUUCCAUGUGUCGCCAUGUGCUGAAGUUAACCAAACCGCUGUCGGUAUAAGUAAAUGUGACUGUGAUUUUGUUGAAAUAAAAGAUGGUAUAAAUCCUGAUAGUUUGGUUAUUGGCACAUAUUGUGGCCAUACUCUUCCUCCUGAAAUAGUAUCGUCUGGUGCAAAAUAA